CGCCUCCCUCCGGCUGUCAAGGCCGCGGCGGGCGCGUCCGUCAGGACUGGGAGUCCGGGUGGGGGGGCCGGAGAGGUGGAGAGAGUCAGUAGGGCCACGAGGGCACAACUGGGCCCCGGAAGGGGACACGGGACUGCGUUGCGGCCGGCGGACCGCGGGAAGGGACGCGGGCUCAGUAGUGGGGCCCGGGCGAGCCGGACACAGGACAGGGGCGGCGAUGGGAGCCGAGCCCUGGCAGGGGACGGUACUGACCGCGAUGGGGACGGCCGGCCCCGGAGACCCGUGGCCCUGCCGCAGGCGGUUUCUCACCCCACCUGGCGGGCGCUGGGCACGGUGGCCGGGGCUGCCCGCCAGGCUCAGGAGUUGGGGUGCGUCUGUGUGGGGCGUCUUAUUGCCGCCCAUCAUACCUUUAGGGCUCAUCUGUAGGAUUUAGUAUUAAGCCUGAAGACUGAGACUUCACUGAGUGAGCUGAAGGGGAGUAGUUACUUGGCUUAAGAUUAUACCCUGAUAAUAUUCCAAAUUAAGGCAGUAAAAUCAGUUCUCUAGGCUCAUUUUUUAUUAUUGGCUUCCUGGCCAGGAUGUCUUAGGGUUGUCCUGCACCGUUGUGUCCUUAGUUGGGGUGAGUUUCACCUCGAAACAAGAUGGAAGCCCCCAUAAGUGAAAACAGGGUCCUCAGCGAUUGAGACUUGGCUCAUCAAAUCCUGAUGUGUGUUGGUGUGACUGUAAUAUGGGUACAGUGUGCAAAGGCCAGGUGGAAUCUACAACACUCACACCCAUCAGAGGGAGGAACCCAGGGUGGAGCUUGGCCUCGGGAGGAGCCGAGGUAGGACCUGCUGGGCAUUUUGGAGGGGACAGCACCGGAAACUCGUGUGGUGCACAGAUGCGGGCCGUUCCUGGGCCAGGAAGCAUUGGCCCCAGAUACUGGCACAGGGCCUCCUCUGUGCUGUGUGUGCUGCAUUUCUGGUGUAGGACUGACUGAUGGAUCACAGAAGCAACAAGUGAGCUCUCUAAAGAGACACAGGUUUUUUAAUAGUUUCCAGCCUGGUACUCAUGGUGUCUGCCUAGAGUAGUUUUAUCUUGCUUUGUUUACUUUGUGAUUGAACAUAAAGCAGUUACAUUCAACAGAUUUCAGAUUGACUGGCUGCCUGCUCCAGUAGCGCACACUUUGAAAUGACAAGGCCCAGCUGGGAGCCAGACAAGGGCCUCCCUCAAGGAGCUUGUAUUCCAUAGACGGAAAUUGAGAAGAAAACCAAGAAAGUAUCAGAAAAUAAUUGUUAUACAAAAUAAAAACAGAGUGAUGUGACAUAAGACUGGUGUCAGUUUGGACUGCAAUGGAGGGUUUCUGAGGAGGUUUGGAGGUAGAACAGCUGGUAAGAAGGCUGCCCUAAUCCAGAAUAAGUAUGACAUGUCUAAGGGGCCAGUGCAUUCACGCUGUACACACAUACACGUAUGUGGUGAGUACAGCGUGGGUCAAACUAUACUCAACCAAUAAGAUUACAAGUACAGCUGCUUAGCUAAUAUUGAUCCAGUAGGAAGCGGGUCAUGUAGCGAGGGUCCAUGGAAAAGAACAAAGGCAUUUUUGAGAAAGGGAUGGAUCUGGAUGCUCUGGUCACUCACCUCGCUGACUGAUGCUUAUCUGGACUUCCUGGACCAGAGGAUACCAGUUAUAGGAUAAUUUUAAGUUACUGUUAUCCCUUAGGGGAGGCAUGUAGGCCUGGUCUUUGCAUCUUUAAACUUGAGACUUGGUCUUCAGAUGUGCCUCCAGCCACAAUUCUGAUGUCUGUUUUUUGUUAUUGUUGACUUUCUUGCAGGCCUACCCCCUCUGUGACUAUAUAUUAAUUUCUGUCUAACUUAGCUGCUGUAUUAUUGGUGCCAGGCUCUGCAGGAUCAUCACCACAGGCUGCCAUUUGCUCUUAGAAGAACUCUGAGGAAGGCACUGCCGGUGCAGUUGUCCUGUUUCCUACAUCAGAACCCCAUUGUUACACAGCCGUUGUUACAGAGUGAGCUCGGCUCAGACCGAUAGAAAUUGCAGAACCGGUAUCUAAAGCAGGUGGUUGGACUCCAAAGUUCAUUUUCUUAAUCAUGCUGCAAUGUCUCUUGUGUCACUGGUGCUGAGUUCACUCAGAUGUAGAGCAGGGUCCUAGUGUGGAUGUCAGGGAAGCAGAGGGUGGCUAGUGCGUCUUUGGAGGUUUUCCACACAGCAGUCUGGAGAGCGUUAACAGCUCAGCUUAGAGUACAUACUUCAGUGGGACAGCCAGGUAUUUUCUUUUUGAUACUACUUUUGUCACCUCGAUUCAAGCACAAGUGCUUCAGUGAUAAACAUUUUGGGCAGAGUAAAAGAAGAAGCAAGCACUGUAUGAUGAAGAACAUGACUGGAGUAGCUUCCUGCAGAACCUGCUUACCCUAAAUAAGGUGGCCGUUCUCGGCAGUGCACUCUGGUGUGGCCUGUAUUUGAAUGUGGAAUUCCCCCCGUUAGGGGUAGAAGGCAGCUCCUGAAGCGGGCGGAGGACCUGGUGCGGGCUUAGUUGUGUGUCUGGGCACGUGCUCGGGACCUGGGGAAUGUGCUGUGGAGCUGUCCACAUGUCUGGCUGCAGACUUGUGUUGUGGCCUGUGGAGCUGGGGAGAUGGUGACAUUUAAGUUGGGACUGAGACCCAAGGCCAUGUCCAGUGGCCUGCUGACUUCCCCUAGGGGGAGGGGGGUUCCCAGUGCUCGGUGAGAGGUGUGCUGGAGGCGCUGGACUCGGCAGGUGUGGCUGCUGGUUCCUGCCUGCUGUUGGUAGGCCUCCUGCUGGAAUGGCUCUCUAGCCUCUAGCAUCUGUAAGUGGGAGGAGGGAGGCCAGCCUCCAGGCUGCUGUGGAAUGAAGCCUGGGCCUGCGUGUCUGCUGCCUAAGAGAGCCUCGUGUUUCGGUGAGGGAGACACCUGGCUCUGUGGCCUCACCGUACUGAGAACAGUGGACUUAAACCAGACCUACUCUGGAGCCUCUCCUCUUCACCACCUAUCCUGGAGCAGAGGAGGUCUGGACAGGUGCCCUUGGCAUCGCUCACUCCUGGCUUAGGGGCCCACAAGUGUCUUCAAAGUAGGACAGGCAGCAGACGUCCCUGUCAUUCUGCAGUGCUUUUGGAGGAAAGCUGAGGCCCGAGUUCAUGCAUGGUGAGGAGCUGGUGUCAGCCUGGGUCCUGGCUCUGCGCCUCAGUCGCACGCUGUUGAGACCGGCUCCCUUGUGAAGUAGGGAUAAUGAUAUUCCUUCUCUUGCCACCCAGAACCAAGUGGGGCAAUGCAUGACCUUUGGCAUCUGGGUCCUCACAGGUGAAUUCCGUCUGGGGCCAGAGCUGCGUGUUGAAAUAGGAGCAGUUGCAGAAUGUCUGAAGGGGACAGCGUUGGAGAUUCUGUCCAUGGGAAGCCAUCAGUGGUGUACAGAUUUUUCACACGCCUGGGACAGAUUUAUCAGUCCUGGCUGGACAAGUCCACACCUUACACAGCUGUGCGGUGGGUCGUGACACUGGGCCUGAGCUUCAUCUACAUGAUUAGAGUUUACCUGUUGCAGGGCUGGUACAUCGUGACCUACGCCCUGGGGAUCUACCACCUCAACCUCUUCAUAGCGUUCCUCUCUCCCAAAGUGGACCCCUCCCUGAUGGAAGACUCAGACGACGGCCCUUCGUUACCAACCAAACAGAACGAGGAGUUUCGCCCUUUCAUUCGAAGGCUUCCAGAGUUUAAAUUUUGGCAUGCAGCUACAAAGGGCAUCCUCGUGGCUAUGGUCUGCACCUUCUUUGAGGCUUUCAACGUCCCGGUGUUCUGGCCGAUCCUGGUGAUGUACUUCAUCAUGCUUUUCUGUAUCACAAUGAAGAGGCAAAUAAAGCACAUGAUUAAAUACCGGUACAUACCAUUCACACACGGGAAGAGGAGAUACAAAGGGAAGGAGGACGUGGGCAAGACGUUUGCUAGUUAGAAGCUGGACUGAAUCUCACGUAUUCAAGACCGGUUUUGAGCCAUUGUAACAAUGCCUUUUUCUUCACAUAAAGCAGUUGAUUACAAGGGAGUCGAAUUUUCUUUUUAAAAAGAAGCCUCAAUGAUUUGUAACUGAAAUAUCAGGUUCUUGAAGAAACUGGCAUUUAAACCAAAUUGCAUUGAUUUCCUCUUCAGUGAUGUCCACAUGUUUCCCAAUGUACGGAAUCGUAGCAAACUGCGGGCUGGGGGGCUGGGGGGAGGUGGUCUGCAGGGUGAUGGCGGGAGGGAGGGCAGGAGCCAGGCCGCCUUCCUGCCACCCGAGGUCCCUCCUGCGGGCUGAAGGAUGGAGCCAGCCCGGCCAGUGUGGGAGAGGCGUGAGGCUGAAAAGGUGGACCACAUGGCCCGAGGUUCUCAUGCCAGUUUCCAAACUGGAUCUCGCUGGAGAUGUCUCAUGUUGGCCUCUACCAUGACGACUUGGAACUGUUCUUAACUACCCUGCUUCUGAGGGCCUGAAAUUAUAAAUAUAUAUGUUCUAUUUUAAUUGUUUGAGAUUAUUUUGACACAUUUCUAAAGUUUGUUUUUGAUUAAUUUAAAUUUGUUCUCAUGCAGCAGCCCCUGUUAAAGAAAGACCAGACCUGGUCAAUGCAGACCAGGCCUGCGGGUUUAUCUGGCUUUUCAUUUUCUCUGGGGGGGAGACAGAACCUACUGCAUGUCAGCUUUUUGAUGUGAUAAACAUUUUACUAAUCGACUUUUUAAUUCCAACUUUAUUAAAGACAAUGUCCCCUU